GAAAUAUCUCCCCCAAAAGAAAUCUGUGUGUUUAUUCUCCUUUGCUUCUCACUUCUCAAAUUGAUAAAUCUUUAACCAAAAAAUGGCGACUAUUGUCCCCGACAAUCUUAGCCGCGAUCAGUACGUCUACCUAGCCAAGCUGGCUGAGCAAGCCGAGCGCUAUGAGGAGAUGGUCCAGUUCAUGCAGAAGCUGGUCCUCGGCACCACUCCGGCCGCCGAGCUCACCGUCGAGGAGCGCAGCCUCCUCUCCGUUGCCUACAAGAACGUGAUCGGUUCGCUCCGGGCGGCCUGGCGUAUCGUCUCCUCGAUCGAGCAGAAAGAGGAAGGUCGCAAGAACGAGGAGCAUGUGGUUCUUGUCAAGGAGUACAGAUCGAAGGUCGAGGCGGAGCUUUCGGAGGUUUGCUAUAGUAUCCUCAAGUUGUCGGAGUCCAACUUGAUCCCGUCCGCUUCGUCGAGUGAGUCCAAGGUGUUCUAUCUGAAGAUGAAGGGGGAUUAUCAUCGGUACUUGGCGGAGUUUAAGAUUGGAGAUGAGAGGAAGGCCGCUGCUGAGGAUACUAUGUUGGCUUACAAGGCCGCUCAGGAUAUUGCGCUUGCGGAUCUUGCACCAACGCACCCGAUUCGUCUGGGGCUAGCGCUAAAUUUCUCGGUGUUCUACUACGAGAUUCUUAAUCAGUCUGAUAAGGCCUGUAGCAUGGCCAAACAGGCAUUUGAGGAAGCUAUCGCUGAGCUUGAUACUUUGGGAGAAGAGUCAUACAAGGACAGUACUCUCAUUAUGCAACUCCUAAGAGAUAACCUCACUCUUUGGACUUCAGAUGCGCAGGACCAGUUAGAUGAGCCAUAGCAGAUGCUUUAAGGCUGUUGGUCCUAUUCUUCUUCUGGAGGAGGUGGGCUUUGAAUGUCAUUUACUUCUGAUUAAGUGUGUAAACUAAAAAUGGCCAUCAACCCUUGGCAUGUUGUUGCAAUUGUCAGACAAAUCCUUUUUAUUUUUCUUUUUAUUUUUUACUUCACAAGUGAUUUUGGCUUUUGAUUUGAUGGCUGUGUAUCAACUAGCAAGGUUUACUAGUAUGCAAGGCAAUAUUAUGUUAGUUGUGAUUGUCUAUGUUAUUUCUUUAAUUUUUCACAGAGGGAAAAAACGCAAAUGCUUUAC